GCGGGAACCAAUGCAAGUGGAGCCACACAGAGCAAACAGAAUAUCAAGAUGUGCAAAAGAAUAAGGUUGGAAACGGCUUCUAUAGUGCUGCAACAUCGUCUGGUUCUUCCAAACACCGAAGAAAAAGCGGAUGGCGCAAACGAUCGCGUGGACGACUUCCCUUAAGCUGGAAGGAUGGGUUUCCAGGCGACUCUUCAACCACCAGCAAUCAUCAUAAUUCGAAGGAGCACACGCAUUUCCGAUCUACAACUAACGACAAUUUGCGUGUGGAUGCGGCAACUUUCUCCAGCACGAGUCCUGUGGGGGAAGCUCCGAGCGUGAAGGAGAAUGUAAAGCAGCCGAUAUUAGCGCAGCGAGAGCCGGAAGAGUGUCAAGUGCCACCGCCAGCCCCUCCUGCGC